GUGGGCGAUCUGAAGAGUUACCUAAAUUAGGCAUCAAAAUUCCCGAAACUCGGCUUUUGCCUUUAAACCGACUAGGUAGUCUCUUCAACCAAGAUUGAGCUACGUUGUACGCAUUUUGUCCUGCACUUAUUGAGAGGAACGGUUCAAGGACUUGGGCGAUCGUGAGAAAUACCCCUCAAGAUGGAGUCAACCAACCAAGAGAACUUCUUCGAGACGGACACGCAGCAAGAAAAGCGCCAGCAGCGUGCCAAGAAGGAGGGAAACACGUUUGGCAACCCGCUGCGCAUGCCCUCCAAGCUUUUGGCCGUCAUCAAGGAUACCAAGUCCAAUAACUCCGUCUUCGUCGCAGAGUCCGGUGGAAGGGUAUCUAAGGUGAACAUCGAGACACGAACCACCACAGCAAAGUAUACCGGCCCCUCCGUCCCAGUAACAUGCCUCGCAACAGGCGGCCCCUCCAACAACACCCUCUUCGCAGGCAGCUGGGACAAGGCAAUCUGGUCCUGGGAUGCCACAACGCGCCGACCGGGCCGUAAGUACGAGGGCCACUCUGAUUUCGUCAAGGCUCUAGUCUGCGGCCGCCUCGGCGACAAGACCAUCCUCGUCAGCGGCGGCGCAGACAAGAAGAUUAUCGUCUGGGACGCCGACGCGGGGCGCAAGCUGCACGUCCUCCAGGACCCGACCACGACUAUGAUGUCCCUGCAGUCCCUCGCCAUCGACCCGGUCCUCAGCACCGCCGACGAGAUCGUCCUCGUUAGCGCGAGCAGCGAUCCGCAUAUUCGCCGGUGGAAGAUCAGCCUCGACUCGUACGCGCAGCUCCCCUUUGACCAGCCCCCUGCCGCUGGAGGAGAGAAGGCCGCCGCCGCAGGCGAAGAGAAGCUUACGAUCCAAGAACACGAGACGAGCGUGUACAAGGUCCUCUUCGACAUCACCGGCGACGAAGUCGACCUCUGGACCGCGAGCGCCGACGGCACCGCCAAAUGUCUCCUCCGCGAAAAGGCCUUUUCUGCAGAAGACGCCUUUGAGCACGGCGACUUUGUCCGCGCCGUAGCGCUCACGCCGGAUUGGGUCGUCACGGCGGGAAUCAACCAGCACAUCAAGGUCUGGGACCGGACGUCGGGCCAGCUAUACGCCCUCCUCGACGCGCACUUUGACGAGAUCACCGACCUUGUUGUCCUGCGGAGCUCGACGGCGGCGGAUGUGCUGUGCAGUGUCGGUAUCGACUGCACGUUGCGGACGUGGCCUCUUGACCGCAAGGGGUUGGAUGCGGCGGUCGAGGAGAUUCGGGCUGCGUCUGAGGUUGUUGAUGGGCAAGAGGGUGAGGGGGAGAAGAAGAAGGACGAUGAUAAGGAGCCUUUGAUGACAGCUGAGGAGGAAGCGGAGUUGGCUGCGCUGAUGGAGGAUGAUUAGGCAGUACAGUCUAGUCAAUGAGAUGGAAUGGCAUCACGAUCUGGUUCGCAUUCCGUUGCCAUC